GACGCAGAGGCGGAAAGUGAAAGGCGAGCGCGCUCACAACUCGACAGGGGGGGCCACUGAACACGGGGUCGCUUUUGCGCACGCACGCUUGAAGGGCUGGUAUGGCGCGUAUCUCGCGCUCUCAGGUGUAACUUGGAGGAGCUGCACGUGAGGCUACAGUCUGGGUCUCAGUAGUAGGCUGAGUUUAUUCUUCUGACCUGCAGAUCUACUGUUUGAACACAACUGUAUUCAGCCGAAGCCUCGAGGCGCUAUCUGACUAGUCGCGCCGCGCAACGCCUCACCGCCCCGCCGUGCCGCUGCGCCAUGAUGCCCCUCGUUCCGCUCCUUGUGGUGCUCUGCGCUGUCACUCAAGUGUUUUCUGAAGAAAUUGGUCCUAAAGAAGAACUUGAUUAUUGGACGAGUAAUCAGAUCCAGGACGGCUGGCUGGCCCCGGACCCGUUCCGGGAGAUCCUCCGGAGGAUGACGAGGAAGCCCCGGCCGCAGCAGUUCAUUGGCCUCAUGGGAGGCGCUCCGCCGGUGAGCAGAGACCCUUAUCCCCGGCAUCAUGCACAGAUCACCCGCAAGAGGCAUAAAAUCAACUCCUUCGUCGGCCUGAUGGGCAAGCGGAACACGGAGGAUCCAGACUCGUACGAGUGGAGCUCGAGGCACGACUACGAGCAACGCCGCCGCCGCCGCUAG